AUGCGCAUUCCUGUCUCUGUCCGCAUCCCUGUGCCCAUCCCUGUGCCCAUCCCCAUCCCUGUGCCCAUCCGCAUCCUCCUCCCCACCUGGAUCCUCAUCACUGUGCCCGUGCUCAUCCUUGUGCUCAUCCGCAUCCCCAUCUGCAUCUUCAUCCCUGUGCUCAUCUGCAUCCCUGUCCCCAUCUGCAUCCCCGUCCUCAUCUGCAUCCCRAUCCCCAUCCUGGUCCCCAUCCUCAUCCCUGUGCCUAUCGCCAUGUGUGUCCUCAUCCACAUCUCCAAGCCCAUCCCUUUUCCAUCCUCAUCCCUGUCCCCAUCCUCAUCCCUGUGCCCGUGCCCGCAGGUGCUGGACGAGGGGCAGCAGGCGCUGGCCGCCCGCAGCGACUACAACUUCGACCACCCCGAUGCCUUCGACUUCGAGCUGCUGGUCAGCGUCCUGCGCAAGCUGAAGAAGGGCAAGAGCGUGAAGGUGCCCGUCUACGACUUCACCACGCACAGCCGCCGCCGCGAGUGGAAAACGGUGUACGGGGCCAACGUGAUCGUGUUCGAGGGGAUCCUGGCGUUUGCCAACAAGGAGCUGCUGAAGCUCCUGGACAUGAAGGUGUUCGUGGACACGGACUCCGACAUCCGGCUGGUGCGGCGGCUGCAGCGCGACAUCAUGGAGCGCGGGCGGGACAUCGUGGGCGUCAUCAAGCAGUACCACAAGUUUGUGAAGCCGGCCUUCGAGCAGUACAUCGAGCCCACCGUGCAGCUGGCCGACAUCGUGGUGCCGCGGGGGGGUGAGAACUCGGUGGCGCUGGAGCUCAUCGUGCAGCACGUGCACAGCCAGCUGGAGAAGCGGGAGAUCACCGUCAGGGCGGCCCUGGCCUCUGCCCACCAAGGGCAGCCCCUGCCCAAGACGCUGAGCGUGCUGGAGAACACGCCGCAGGUGCGGGGCAUGCACACCAUCAUCAGGAACAAGGAGACCACGCGGGACGAGUUCAUCUUCUACUCGAAGCGCCUCAUGCGGCUGCUCAUCGAGCACGCGCUCUCCUUCCUGCCGCUCAAGUCGGUCACGGUGGAGACGCCGCAGGGGACCACGUACGAGGGAAAGCGGUUCCACAGGCAGCGGAUCACCGGCGUGUCCAUCCUGCGCGCGGGCGAGACCAUGGAGCAGGCGCUCACGGCCGUCUGCAAGGACAUCCGCCUGGGCAAGAUCCUCAUCCAGACCAACCACGAGAGCGGCGAGCCUGAGCUGCACUACCUGCGCCUGCCCAAGGACAUCAGCGAGGACUACGUGAUCCUCAUGGACAGCACCGUGUCCACGGGCGCCGCGGCCAUGAUGGCCGUGCGCGUGCUGCUGGACCACGACGUGCAGGAGGAGCGCAUCUUCCUGCUCUCGCUGCUCAUGGCCGAGAUGGGCGUGCACUCGGUGGCCUACGCCUUCCCGCGCGUGCGCAUCAUCACCACCGCCGUGGACAAGCGCAUCAACGAGGAGUUCCACAUCAUCCCGGGCAUCGGCAACUUCGGCGACAGGUACUUCGGCACCGACGGGCCCGCCGCCUGCGGCGACAGCGAUGCCAUGGACUGCUGAGCGGCCACGGGCCAGCCCU